AUGCUGGAACUUAUCGCGCUCCAGCCAUCUCCUUUAACCGACAUCCACUACCUAUCCCUUCCUACCGCCAGCCUCAUCCUCCACGCCUCUGGAGAUUCCCUCGUCAUCCGUGAUGCUGCUACUCUGGCUCUUAUACGCGUCCUAGCUUUUUGGGAGGGAUUCCCUGGGUCCACUGGAACAAUAACCGCCAUUUCCGUUGACUCAGGAAUGAAGCUCAUAGUCGCGUCAAUGCAAACGAGACUUGCAGCUUGGGCGCUUUCCGGUGUCCAACAAGAUACCUGGCGUCUACAUUCCUCUUUAACACUCCCCCACAUCGUAACAUCACUGGAUAGCAAAUCUGGCCUUCUGGCUGUCGGAAGUCAAAACAGCCUCUCCGUUUAUACCCUAAUUUUGGAAAAUGAUCUCCCAACUUGGUCUCUGAAGUGGAUCGUCCACAUAGACUCGCCUUGCCUGACGCGUUUCGCACCUUCUUUGAUGUACAUUGCAGUAACGACAAAGCAAAAUAAAUCACUUCGUACCUACUCUACAGCUUCGGGAAGACUCACCCAAGACAUACCCCACCCUCGGCCCAUCACGAAUAUAACGUGGCGUCAAUCCCAAGCUUCCAGCCGCGACGAUUUAAUUCUCUAUACGAUAACUUCAGACUCCACCCUGCGCAUUUUCUUUCCUGUGUUGGACUCACCUCAAUGUUUGCAACUGCAUUUGUCUCUUGAUUUGUUCUCUUCGAUGCCCAGCAGCGUUGUCUCGCGUUUAUCGCGCAUUUUCUGGUUAGACCGAGCAAUCAUGGACUCCUCAAUAAAUCACAUUCUACGGAAUGAACCCGAGACAGACAGUGCACGCGUUAAGCGAUUGCUUGAAAUCCAGCAAGAAGGCUGGGACUUAUUUCUCCGAGUACUCGAAGAUGGCUCAGUGACGAUAUCUGCUGUUGCGAACAUCGACCGUCGACCGCCUACUCUUCUCAGACAGUUCACGCUUCAAGAGACUCUUCCAGGAUCGCUGCCUGGAACGCCGCAAUAUCUACACUUACUCCCUCAGAAAGAUCCUUCUCUAAUUAACCUAGUCACGACCCCUCCAUUACGGACCUUCACCUUCUCACCCUUACUCUUCCUCGAUUCGGACAAGGACGGUCUUAUUCCUCGUGCCGAAACUGUAAUCGCUACGCCAUCAGAAGAAUCGCCCAUUCUGCGCUUUGUUCGGACACCACAAGGCUCAGGUGUUGGCGUGAUACGUGAACGGGGAGGGGAGACCUGGCAAGUCUCUGGAAAUGGCAGAGAACUGACUCAAACUGGGCAAUGGUCUUGUGGAGAUCAAAUCAUUGUUCUGAGUGGAGGUCAAGACCACGCCACAUACUCACGAGAGAGUGGAGAGCUGACUUUGUCUUCCACUCAUGCAUCGCUAUCACUUCCUCCAAUCAGCUCGCUCUUCUCUUUACCGUCAACCAGAGGGAGAGAGCUCAUCGUCGGCAUCACCGAAGACCAUUCCGUUGUUCAAAUUCAUAUAGAGCCGCAACUGGUCCUGUAUUCUCAUACCCAACUCCCCAUUCCAACUCCGAAGAUGAUCUUGCCAGUCGACCCAAUGGCAUGGGAACGUUGGACUGUCCACGAUGUGUUGUUGAGUCUUUCUGAGGAUGGUGAACUCGCAUUCUGGGUGCCGGACGCGAAAGAAUGGCGUCGCACUGGGUCGGUGAGGACUCAUAAGACGGGAAUAAUCAAAGCAAGGUGUAGUUCUGCCAAGAAAACUGCACUAGUCGUGCAUACCUCCGAUGGAGAUGAGCUCACAAUUUGGGAUUCAAAGGAGUCAGAAUUCGCAUCUGGACUUGAAUAUAGCCUUUCAUAUUCCGAAGCCAUCAACGACCUGGACUGGAAUUCAACUCCCGAUAUGCAGUCAAUCCUUGCUGUAGGGUUUCUCCGUCACGUUGAAAUCUUGUGUCAGCAACGGUCGACUUACUUCGACAGCGUACCUGGCUGGGUGAGAUGCUGGACGGUCGAGAUUGGAUCAUAUAUACCCUAUCAGAUUCGUGAUUCAAUCUGGUUAGCAAAUGGGUCACUUCUUAUCGGCGCAGGCCACCAAAUGUUCCUGUUCGGACAGGGGAAUCCCGCCUCCGAAAGUCUCUUCGAGCAUGUCGCUCGGCAAAAUGGUCCACUCGAAGAUUAUCAUCCACAGAUGCUUCUGCAGUGUCUUUUAUGGGGGAAGAUCGAACUUGUUAAGGAGAUUAUCACGAAUCUUGCACGCAAUAUUGCCACGGAAAAAAACCAGUUAGAGUGGACGUCGCUGCCAAUAGGACGAUUCAUUGAAACUGAAUCCCGACACAAACCCUCCGUCGGUCAAAAAAAGCGUUAUACAUUCCUCUUUAACGAGACACUACCGAAAGAUAGUGACGAGGAGGACGGAUUCCACCGCGUCGUCGUCAAAAAUCUCAUCGAGACACUAGAAAACAAACCUCUGCCUCAUCUAACGCCGAAUGAACAGGCGCAUCUCUUAGUUUUAAUCCAAACUACCUUAGAGAUUGAUGAGCAACAAAGGGCGCUCGACGCGAAUGGACUGCGAUAUUUGAUAUCGAUGCGCUCAUUUUAUAUUCUGAACCGUCGAGCAUCUGGACCGAAUAGCCCCCAGUCUCUAAACACUAUUCCUCGACAAAGUGGACGCAGAGAGCGCCUUCGUUAUCGCGACAUGAUCUGGGCAUUCCACAGUGAAAGUCAAGAACUGCUUCUGGCCGCGUCUGCUGCUGCUUCAAAUGGCGGGAAAAUGGUUUGGGCUGACGCGAGAGCGCUCGGCGUUUCAGUAUGGUUGACUUCCGUUGAUUCACUGAAAUCCCAACUGGAAAUCAUUGCUCGCAACGAAUUCAUGGCUGGUGAUGCGCGAGAUCCAGUUGCAUGUUCUCUGUAUUAUUUUGCCUUGGGCAAGGCAAAACUUGUUCAUGGACUCUGGAGACAAUCAGCCUGGCAUAAGGAGCAAGGUGCCAUGCUCAACUUCCUUUCUAACGACUUCUCUGAGCCGCGAUGGCGGACUGCUGCACUGAAAAAUGCGUUUGCUCUCUUGAGUAAACGCCGAUUUGAAUACGCGGCUGCUUUUUUUCUUCUUGGGGGGGCCUUACAAGACGCAGUCAACGUUUGUCUGAAGCAACUCAAUGAUUUUCAGCUAGCAAUUGCAAUCGCUCGCGCAGUUGAACAAAGCAACGAAGGCCCCGUCCUACUUGGAGUACUGAACAAUCACGUACUCCCCACUGCUUUCCGCGAGGGAAACCGAUGGCUGGCAUCAUGGGCGUUUUGGUUGCUGCAUCGCCGCGAUCUCGCCGUCAGGAUCCUGGUCACGCCUCUACAAGACGUCGCCAGUCUGCUUGAUAUCAAGGAAAUUGGCGAGCCACACUAUGACGAUCCUAGCCUCGCGCUGUUGUUCUCCCAGCUACGAUCCAAGACAUUGCAAGCUGCAAAGGGCUCUAGUGAAAUAUCGGGGCGGGUUGAGUUCAAUUUUGUUCUGCAGAUUGCAAGAGUAUUUUCUCGGAUGGGUAGGUGUACCUCCUCAAUCAAGCGUCAGCUCACUACUUCUUCCUCUCCUUCAAAAGGUUGUCCGGUGCUUGCACUUGAUCUGGUCCGCUCAUGGACUUUUGAUCGACCUUCCUUACAACGACCGGCCAUCACGUCAGUCCCCACUCCCCGCCGCCCCACCUUCACGCUGGGUCCAACCUUGCGGAGCCGUUCCUCUAUGGUGAUUGACAUGGAAAUCCCAUCUUUACCCCCAACUCGAUCACCGUCCCCUACAAAGAAUAUUCAGAAAACACCAGUCAUCAUCGAAGAGGGGGGCAACGAAGAGGAAGACCUUAUUGCACGAAAAGCAGGCUUGGGGAGUCUGAUGAAAUCCGCCAAAUCAAAUGUGACGGUCCCCGAGUUCGACAUGAAUGCAUUUUUCUAG